AUGCACUUCUCCCAGGUCACCACCACCAUGCUCGCCCUCGGCGCCGGCCUCGCAUCGGCCGUCGACGUGCGGCUGUACUACUCCAACAACUGCAGCGGCAACUACCUCGUGUGCAGCGGUCUGGGCGCCAACGUGUGCUGCACCGGCACGUCCGUGAGCCUGUACUGGGUGGUCAACCGGUCCCUCGACGCGCGCGGCUUCGCCGGCGGCAACUGCGGCGAGCUCCGCAGCGCCCGCCGCACGAGCUCCAGCUUCUGCAUGCCCGGCACGGGCGUCGUCUACACGGGCGGCCGCUGGGUCGUGCCGGCCAGCCUGCGCGUGCGCGACCAGGACGUGUGUGCCGCAGCCGUGGGCAAGUGCAACGCAGUGCAGAAGCCCGACACGCUCGUGCUGGCCGACGGGUCCAAGUUCAAGAUUGCGGACCUUGACGACGCCAAGGUUGAGAAGCUGCCUCGCCGUAUCGACCGCUAA